CCCCUCCCUCAGGUGGUCCUUCCUCAGGUUCCUCAGGGCGAGCAAGGGAAGGGGCUCCUCCCUGUCGCUCUUCUCGCCCACCUUUUCCCCUUUUGGGGGGCUUGAGUGAGGACUCAAGACCCCCCAAAAGCCCUUGGCAACCUCCUCCCCCGUCUCUCAAUCCCAGCAGGUGAAGAAGGAGGAGGAGGAGGCAGAAGAAAGGCUUUGCCGCCGGGUAGCGCGCAUGUUCAGCUCUCUCUCUCUCCUUCCGCGCGUGGGCAUGCUCACUCCGAGCCGCAGGAGAGGGGCGAAGAGGCAGGCAGGGAGCCCACUCCCCUCCAAAAAACGAGGCACAAUAAGCCUCCAGGACAACAAGCCCCUCUGCUUCGCCUUGGAGGAGAAGCACCCGGGAGGAGGAGGAGGAGGAGGAGGAGGGAUGCGGAGGAGCGGCGGCAUCAGCCUCCUUCCUCCCAGGAGCAGCAGCAGCAGCAGCGUCCUUCCCUCUGCCUCAUCCGCUCUCCUCCGAGAUGUGGAUUUAUCCUGGGCAGCUGGGUGCCUCCAAGGCCACUGAAACUUCCCGCCGGCGAGGGAGGGCCAUUUCUGUAAGGAGCCUCAACUCACUGUUUUCAUGACUCUGGUCCUACUCACUCAGCAAUGGAGCAGAUGGACUGCAAACCCUACCAGCCGCUAUCAAAGGCCAAGCAUGAAAUGGACUUAGCUUAUACAAGCUCUUCCGAUGAAAGCGAAGAUGGGAGAAAGGCAAGACAAUCCUACGAAUCCAGAGAAACUCUUAACGAAUAUGGCCAAGAACUCAGACUGAAUUAUAACAGCCACAACAGAAAAAGAAAAGCUGUUGACGAAUCCACUCAAGAGAUGGAAUUUUGUGACACUCCACACAACCUGUGCAUUGGCUACCAGGGAGAGAUGCAUACUGUGUCCCAGCAUGGCUAUCCAAUAGAGAUGGGUUCGGACGUGGACACCGAGACAGAAGGCGGGAACUCCCCGGAUCAGGCCUUGCGGAUGUGGAUGUCCGGGAUGAAAUCGGAGCACAGUUCCUGCUUGUCGAGUCGUGCCAACUCCGCGCUGUCCCUCACAGAUACCGACCAUGAAAGAAAGUCAGAUGGAGAGAACGAUAUUCCAGGAAGCCCACGCAACCAGUUUACCUUUCGGCCGCUGCCACCGCCGCCACCACCGCCUCAUGCGUGUACCUGUAGCCGGAAGCCACUUUCAACCACCGACUCUCUCCAGGGCCGAUCCUUGACCACCCGCAGCCAACCAAGCCCCGCUGCUCCCCCUCCACCAUCCAGCACCCAGGACUCAGUGCAUCUCCAUAACAGCUGGGUCCUCAACAGUAAUAUCCCACUGGAGACCAGAAGUCAGUGGGGGAUUUGCUGGCCCUCGGCUGUGGAAAUGCCUUCCACCAGAAAUCAGGAGGACCAUGUCUCUUCCCUCGUGCCAAGCGAAAUGCACUUCCUAUUUAAACAUGGAUCUGGGUCGUCGGCUAUCUUCAGCGCUGCCAGCCAGAACUAUCCCUUAACUUCCAACACUGUUUAUUCUCCGCCUCCUCGACCGCUUCCUAGAAGUACUUUUUCUCGACCAGCGUUCUCUUUCAACAAACCCUACAGAUGUUGCAACUGGAAAUGUACUGCCUUGAGCGCAACCGCUAUCACAGUCACACUGGCAUUGCUACUGGCCUAUGUCAUUGCAGUACAUUUGUUUGGCUUAACAUGGCAGCUUCAGCCUGUUGAAGGGCAGCUUUAUGAAAAUGGACUCAGCAAGGGAAACAAGGGCACAGAGGCCCUGGACACAACCUACUCGCCGAUUGGAGGGAAGGUUUCCGAUAAAACAGAAAAGAAAGAAAUAGUGUUUCAGAAAGGACAGGCAAUAGACACCGGAGAAAUUGAAAUUGGAGACCAAGUGAUGCAAACAAUCCCCCCAGGCCUCUUCUGGCGUUUCCAGAUCAUGAUCCAUCAUCCGAUGUACCUGAAAUUUAAUGUUUCAUUGGCAAAGGACUCUCUGUUGGGGAUUUAUGGCAGACGCAACAUUCCUCCCACUCACACACAGUUUGAUUUUGUAAAACUGAUGGAUGGGAAGCAAUUAAUUAAGCAGGAGCCAAGACAUUCGGAGGAACCUCAGCAUGCCCCCAGGAAUCUGAUCUUGAUGUCCAUGCAAGAAACCGGAUUCAUAGAAUUUAUGGAUCAAGGGGCUUGGCACAUGGCUUUUUACAACGAUGGCAAGAAAAUGGAACAAGUGCUGAUGUUGACCACAGCCAUAGAAGUCAUGGAUGACUGUUCCACCAACUGCAAUGGAAAUGGAGAAUGUAUAUCUGGCCAUUGCCACUGUUUUCCAGGGUUCCUUGGUCCUGACUGUGCACGAGAUUCCUGUCCGGUGUUAUGUAGUGGGAAUGGGGAAUAUGAAAAGGGCCACUGCGUGUGCCGCAAUGGAUGGAAAGGGCCCGAAUGUGAUGUCCCAGAAGAGCAGUGUAUCGACCCCACUUGCUUCGGCCAUGGGACCUGCAUCAUGGGCAUCUGUAUUUGCGUCCCUGGUUAUAAAGGAGAGAUAUGUGAGGAAGAGGACUGCUUAGAUCCCAUGUGUUCUGGCCAUGGAGUCUGCGUUCAAGGGGAAUGCCACUGUUCCAUGGGAUGGGGUGGUGUCAACUGCGAAACAUCACUCCCUGUUUGCCAAGAACAGUGUUCGGGUCAUGGCACCUUCCUUUUGGAUUCUGGCGUGUGCAACUGCGACCCAAAGUGGACAGGUUCUGACUGCUCAACUGAGCUCUGCACCUUGGACUGUGGCAGCCACGGCGUCUGUGCCAGAGGAAUGUGCCAAUGUGAAGAAGGAUGGAUAGGCCCCACUUGUGAGGAGCGGACGUGUAAUUCCCACUGCGCCGAACAUGGGCAGUGCAAAGACGGCAAGUGUGAAUGCAGCCCUGGAUGGGAAGGCGAUCACUGCACCAUUGAUGGCUGCCCAGGUCUGUGUUAUGGUAAUGGAAGGUGCACCCUUGACCAGAAUGGAUGGCACUGUGUCUGCCAGGUGGGCUGGAGUGGAAUGGGAUGCAAUGUUGUCAUGGAGAUGAUGUGCGGAGACGGCACCGAUAACGAUGGAGAUGGCUUGACAGACUGCAUAGACCCGGACUGCUGUCAGCAAAGCACUUGCUAUGCAAGCCCUCUCUGCCAAGGUUCUCCUGAUCCCCUUGACCUCAUUCAGCAAAGCCAGCCUCCUUUCUCACAACACCCUCCAAGGCUCUUUUAUGACAGAAUCAAGUUCCUUAUUGGCAAAGAAAGCACUCAUGUAAUCCGGGGAGAUGUCUCGUUCGAGAGCAGGCGUGCUUGUGUUGUCCGAGGACAGGUAGUUGCGGUAGAUGGGACACCAUUGGUUGGGGUGAAUGUGAGCUUCCAGCACCACAGCGAUUAUGGUUACACUAUCAGCCGGCAAGAUGGAAGUUUUGACCUGGUGGCUAUUGGAGGCAUCUCGGUCACUCUGCUCUUUGACAGAUCUCCAUUUCUUUCUGUGAAAAGGACCCUUUGGUUGUCCUGGAAUAGGUUUAUUGUGGUAGACAAAGUAGUCAUGCAAAGAACAGAGGUGGAGUCACCCUCUUGUGACAUCGCAAACUUCAUCAGCCCAAAUCCGAUUGUCCUUCCUUUCCCUUUGACAUCGUUUGGAGGAUCGUGCCCAGAAAGGGGAACCAUCAUUCCAGAGCUACAGGUGGUCCAGGAAGAAAUCCCCAUCCCUUACAGCUUUGUGAAGCUGAGCUACUUGAGCAGCCGGACGUCAGGAUACAAGACCUUGUUGUGGAUUAUUCUAACCCAUUCCAUCAUUCCUCCGGGAAUGACAAAAGUGCACCUUACCGUCACCAUUGAAGGGCGGCUGGCUCAGAAAUCCUUCCCUGCUACCACUAACAUGGUCUACACCUUCGCCUGGAAUAAGACUGAUAUUUAUGGCCAAAAGGUGUCCGGUUUGGCAGAAGCAAUGGUGUCAGUGGGUUAUGAAUACGAGACCUGCCCUGAUUUUAUUCUUUGGGAAAAGAGGACUGUAACCCUGCAGGGAUUUGAGCUGGAUGCUUCCAAUCUGGGAGGCUGGUCCCUGGACAAACACCACAUUUUGAACACACAGAGUGGUAUUGUGCACAAAGGAAAUGGAGAAAAUAUCUUCAUCUCCCAGCAGCCACCGGUAAUCUCCACGGUCAUGGGCAACGGGCACCAGAGAAGUGUCUCUUGCGCCAGCUGCAAUGGCCCAUCCCACACCAGCAAACUCUUUGCGCCCGUCGCCAUGGCUUCUGGUACCGACGGCAGCAUAUAUAUCGGAGACUUCAAUUUUGUCCGGCGCCUCCUUCCUUCAGGAAAUUCUAUCAGCAUCCUGGAACUAAGGAACAGAGACACAAGACACAGCACAAGUCCAGCUCACAAGUACUACCUCGCUAUGGACCCAGUAUCUGAAUCCCUUUACUUGUCCGACACAAAUACCAGAAGGGUUUAUAAAGUGAAAUCUCUCAGCGAAACCAAGGACCUGGCUAAAAACUAUGAGGUUGUGGCCGGAACAGGAGACCAGUGCCUUCCGUUUGACCAGAGUCACUGCGGGGAUGGAGGACGAGCAUCGGAGGCUUCACUUCACAGCCCUCGAGGCAUCACCGUAGAUAAGCACGGCUUCAUUUACUUUGUGGAUGGUACCAUGAUUCGGAAGAUUGAUGGGAACGGCCUGAUCUCAACAUUAAUAGGCUCCAAUGGGCUCACAUCAACCCAACCGCUGAGCUGUGAUGCCGGGAUGGACAUCACCCAGGUCCGCCUAGAAUGGCCAACAGACCUUGCCGUCAACCCUCUGGACAAUUCGUUGUAUGUGCUGGACAAUAACAUCGUGCUACAAAUUUCUGAAAACAGGCGGGUGAGAAUUAUUGCCGGCCGCCCCAUCCACUGCCAGGUGCCUGGUAUCGAUCAUGUUUUGGUCAGCAAGGUGGCCAUCCAUUCCACCCUGGAGUCCGCCAGGGCCAUCAGCGUGUCUCACAGCGGCAUGCUGUACAUCGCGGAGACGGACGAGCGCAAGAUCAAUCGCAUCCAGCAGGUCACCACCAACGGCGAAAUCUCAAUCAUAGCCGGAGCGCCAACAGACUGUGACUGCAAAAUCGACCCCAAUUGUGACUGCUUCUCAGGUGAUGGUGGGUAUGCCAAAGAUGCAAAGCUGAAAGCUCCCUCUUCCCUUGCCGUGUCUCCGGACGGCACCUUGUACAUUGCUGACCUUGGUAACAUCCGUAUCCGUGCUGUCAGUCGGAAUAAGGCUCAUCUCAGCGACAUGAAUAUUUAUGAGAUUGCCUCCCCAGCAGACCAAGAACUAUAUCAGUUCACCAGCAACGGGACUCAUUUGCACACUCUCAACCUCAUCACGAGGGACUUUAUAUUCAACUUCACCUACAACGGGGAAGGCGAUCUCACCACCGUUACUAACAGCAAUGGGAACUCGGUCCACAUCCGCAGAGAUGCCAGUGGUUUGCCUCUCUGGCUGUUGGUGCCCAGUGGCCAGGUGUACUGGCUGACCAUAAGCAGCAAUGGGAUUCUCAAAAGAGUGUAUACCCAAGGCUACAACCUAGCCCUAAUGACCUAUCCUGGCACCACGGGUCUUCUGGCAACCAAAAGUAAUGAGUAUGGCUGGACAACGGUUUAUGAGUAUGACUCUGAUGGUCAUCUAACCAAUGCAACUUUCCCAACUGGUGAAGUCAGCAGCUUCCAUAGUGAUAUAGAAAAACUGAUGAUGGUGGAAAUGGACACAUCAAACAAGGAAAAUGUGGUCACAGCAACCAACUUUUCAGCUACCUCUACUAUUUACACCUUAAAGCAAGACAACACUCAGAAUAUCUAUCGGGUCAGUCCGGAUGGGUCGCUGAGGGUCACCUUCGCCAGCGGCAUGGAGAUUACUCUGAAUACGGAGCCGCACAUCCUGGCCGGCGUUUUCAACCCCACCUUAGGAAAAUGCAACAUCUCUCUACCUGGGGAACACAAUUCCAACCUUAUUGAGUGGAGACAAAGGAAGGAGCAGACCAAAGGCAGUAUCUCAGCAUUUGAAAGAAGGCUACGGGCCCACAACCGAAACCUGCUUUCCAUAGAUUUUGAUCACAUAACAAGAACGGGGAAGAUCUAUGACGACCAUCGCAAGUUCACUCUUCGGAUCCUGUAUGACCAAGCAGGCCGUCCAAUUCUUUGGUCUCCCAUCAAUAAAUACAAUGAGGUCAAUAUCACUUACUCGCAUUUGGGACUAGUGACCUAUAUCCAGAGAGGAACAUGGACUGAAAAGAUGGAGUACGAUCCCGGUGGGAAGAUUGUUUCCAGAACAUGGGCAGAUGGGAAAAUAUGGAGCUACACCUACUUAGAAAAGAGGCUGCUGCACCACAGAGAUGGGAGUAAACAUAUGAAGCUGAGUGCUGAGAGGAUGAAAAAAGAAGGCAGGCAUGCCGUUCUAAACCAGGGUCUGCCCAUGUCUGUAAUGCUUCUGCUGCACAGCCAACGCCGUUAUAUCUUUGAGUAUGACCAGUCGGACUAUCUCCUGUCUGUCACCAUGCCGAGUAUGGUGCGCCAUAGCUUUCAGACCAUGCUCUCCGUUGGGUACUAUCGCAAUCUGUAUUCUCCACCAGACAGCGGUGUGUCUUUCGUCCAGGAUUACACCAGGGAUGGACGGCUUCUGAGAACGCUCUACCCAGGAACGGGCCGCAGAGUCCUUUACAAAUACACCAAGCAGUCCAGACUGUCUGAGAUCCUGUAUGACACCACCCAAGUCUCCUUUACUUACGAAGAGUCCUCUGGGGUUAUCAAAACAAUCCACCUGAUGCACGACGGAUUUACUUGCACUAUCAGAUACAGGCAAACAGGUCCACUUAUUGGUCGCCAGAUUUUCAGAUUUAGUGAAGAAGGUCUUGUGAAUGCCAGAUUUGACUAUAGUUACAACAACUUCCGUGUGACCAGCAUGCAAGCCAUGAUAAACGAAACUCCGCUUCCCAUUGAUUUGUACCGCUAUGUGGACGUGUCUGGGAAAACAGAGCAGUUUGGGAAAUUCAGUGUAAUCAAUUAUGAUUUAAACCAAGUGAUAACCACCACUGUGAUGAAGCAUACCAAAAUUUUUAGUGCCAAUGGCCAAGUGAUUGAAGUGCAAUAUGAAAUCCUUAAAUCCAUAGCCUACUGGAUGACCAUUCAGUACGACAAUAUGGGCCGGAUGGUCAUUUGUGAUAUACGAGUUGGAGUAGAUGCCAAUAUAACAAGAUAUUUUUAUGAAUAUGAUGCUGAUGGUCAGCUUCAAACCGUCUCCGUGAAUGACAAAACCCAGUGGCGUUACAGCUAUGACCUCAAUGGAAACAUUAACUUACUUAGCCAUGGGAAUAGUGCAAGGCUUACUCCUCUCAGGUAUGACCUCAGAGAUCGUAUCACAAGACUUGGAGACAUUCAGUAUAAAAUGGAUGAAGAUGGCUUUCUGAAGCAAAGAGGAAAUGACAUCUUUGAAUACAGCUCUAAUGGUUUCCUGACCAAAGCAUACAACAGGAUUGCUGGGUGGACCGUCCAGUAUUACUACGAUGGGCUAGGGAGGCGGGUGGCCAGCAAGACAAGUUUGGGACAGCACCUCCAGUUCUUUUAUGCAGACCUCUCCAAUCCAGUAAGAGUAACACACUUAUACAAUCAUAGUAGUUCAGAAAUAACAUCACUAUAUUAUGACCUGCAGGGUCACUUGAUAGCUAUGGAGUUGAGCAGUGGAGAAGAAUAUUAUGUCGCCUGUGAUAACACUGGGACUCCCUUAGCUAUUUUCAGUAGUCGAGGUCAAGUGAUCAAAGAGAUUCUCUACACGCCUUAUGGGGAAAUCUAUCAGGACUCAAAUUCAGAUUUCGAGGUCAUUGUUGGCUUUCACGGAGGGCUGUACGACCCGCUGACGAAACUGGUGCACCUGGGGCAAAGGGAUUACGAUGUCAUUGCUGGCCGCUGGUCAACACCAAACCAUCACCUCUGGGAAGAACUGAAGAACGUCCCCAAGCCGUUCAAUCUGUAUGCAUUCAAAAACAACUACCCAGCGGGCAAGAUCCAAGAUGUGGCUAAAUAUACAACAGACAUCGGAAGUUGGCUUGAAUUGUUUGGGUUUCAACUCCAUAAUGUACUUCCUGGAUUCCCCAAACCAGAGGUGGAUGCUUUAGAAACAACAUACGAACUGGUGCAACUGCAAACAAAGACCCAGGAAUGGGAUCCAGGAAAGACUGUACUUGGCAUUCAGUGUGAACUACAAAAGCAACUCAAGAACUUUAUUUCCUUGGACCAGCUGCCCAUGACCCCCAAGUACAGUGACGGGAGAUGUGUGGAGCGAUCCAAACAACCCAGAUUUGCUGCCGUUCCCUCGGUAUUUGGGAAAGGCAUCAAAUUUGCCAUCAAGGAUGGCUUGGUGACAGCUGACGUCAUUGGGGUGGCCAACGAAGACAGCCGGCGCAUUGCCGCCAUCCUCAACAACGCCCACUACCUGGAAGACUUGCACUUUACAAUCGAUGGGCGAGACACGCACUACUUCAUCAAGCUGGGCUCUCUGGAAGAGGACCUGGCCGUUAUCGGCAACACGGGGGGACGGCGGAUUUUGGAGAAUGGCGUCAAUGUCACUGUGUCUCAAAUGACUUCCGUCAUCAACGGGAGGACUAGACGGUUUGCUGACAUCCAGCUUCAACAUGGUUCUUUGUGCUUCAACGUUCGGUACGGGACGACUGUCGAAGAAGAAAAGAACCAUGUCUUGGAGAUCGCCAGGCAGAGAGCUGUGGCUCAGGCUUGGACUAGGGAACAGCGGCGGCUCCAAGACGGAGAAGAAGGUAUUAGGGCUUGGACAGAAGGGGAAAAACAGCAGCUCUUGAGCACAGGAAAAGUACAAGGCUACGAUGGAUAUUUUGUUUUAUCUGUAGAGCAGUAUCUGGAACUUUCUGACAGUGCCAACAAUAUUCACUUUAUGAGACAGAGCGAAAUAGGCAGGAGGUAACAAACAAACAAAAACACUCAAUCUCUGCCUUUGCAUCACCAAAGACUGCCUGUUUUUAACAAAACAAAAACAUUACGUAAAGGUUUAUUGUAUUGGUUUUUCUAGAUCAGAACUCUGUGUAUAUAUAAAUAUAGAUGGGGAAAACAUAUCCAACUGCCUUUAAAUGUGACAGAAGAUGGUAUUUUAAUAUAGUUUGUUUAAACUCUUGGGGAGAUGGUGAGGAUUUCUAGUUUGAGGGGGCUGCAUUCAACAUUUGGAAGCAGCAUUCCCCAUGUUGAUCUUCAUUCAGAAAUGGUUCACAUGGGCAAAGUAUUUACGGUGCAAUCCUAUCCAUGUCUACCCGGCAAUCAAUCCCGCUAAGUCCAAUGGGGCUUACUCCCAGGGAAAUGAGUAUAGGAUUGCAGCAUCCAUGUGCUCUCCCUUCCCUUCUUCAGGACCCCGUUGAUUGAUUUUAAUAGCUUACAUGUAACAUGUUUGUGGUUGCGUCGGUGCCCAUGUUCUCUUGAUGUACAACACAACCCAUCACCAAGCAGUCUGCAGAAAGCGAUAAUUUCCAUGAGAUUUCUGGGAACCUAUAUCUCAUUUUCCCUUCUAUGCCACCAAAAAAAAGAAACCAGCUACUUAAUCCAGAGCAGGAUGGAGUUGUUUGUGGACUGCAGCUCCUAGAAUCCUCCAACUACCAUAACCAUGAUUGUGCUGCUUGGGAGAUUUGGGAAAUUAAAGUCCAAAGAAAGAAAGAACCUUUUACCCCAAAGACUACUAUAAUCUUCACUUGGGAAUUGUGACACCACUACUCUAAUAACUAUAUUUUAGAAUGAAUAGUUUUGCAAUUGAAAGGGGCAAACUAUACAGGAGGAUGGGAGUUGGCCUUCCACUUGCCAACACAAAAGCAUUUUAAAUGGGAAAGCAUGAGCAGGCGAGUGACAUCUUCAAUCAUUCAUUCACCUUGCAAGGUUACCAAAGCUGAUGUCUCAAAGCUUGACCGUAAUACCUGGCCAAGAACAAAUGACUGGUUACGGGGUUUCCCAUUUAGGAUGGUGUCAUCUUUUGGGUCAUGGAAGCAGUGUUGGUGGGUAGAGUCCCUCAUUGUGGGAGGGGAGGUGAAUCCACUCUGCAUUGUAGUCUGAUCUUUUAAAGUUUGGACUAAAACCUAGAACAAAUUCAUUAUCCCUCUGUGAUGGAAGCCAACAGUCUACACCACUGUGUGGCUACUAUGUGAUUUUCUCACAUUUCUUCUCCAUAUUUUCCAAAUGUGUAGAAUGUGUUCAUAAAAAUGGUGUUGAUCUAUCACUAGCUUAUCAUCCCAUUACCAGUUUGUAAUGGAAACAGUUUGGUAAUUGAAACAAAAUUUGCCAAGAAAAACCCUUGAUCAAUUCCCCUUAGGGUUGCCAUAAGUUGGAAAUGUCUUUAAGGCACUCAGUAGCCACAACAAAUGAAAUGAAUGCAGGGAUGGUGGAGGUCUGGUUUUCUGAAUGUCUUGGAUCUCUAUCCCAGAGGCUCCAGCCAGAAUGGCCAUGGAGAUGAGGCUAUGGAAGAUGAUGUUCAAAGUAUCCGGAAGGUCAAAAUACCCCUUACCCAUAGCGUUUUAGACUUUUCUGCUAGAAAAAAACAUGGGUCCCAGGUAUUAAGCAUACUAAGACAUGAUCCAUUCACAUCAACAUCAAUCACCAGAGCGUGUGAUUCUUGUUUCAGUACAGAAGCAGAGUGGAUAACAUUUUUGGUUGCGCUACUCUGAAAUGAAAGGGUGACGAUCAAAAUGAAUGGGUGCAUGCCUGUUCAGAAAUAAAUGUUCAGAAAUGCUAUUCUUAGUCCAAAUUAAAGGAGACAUUAAGACACAAAUUAAAGAUCAAAUCAAGAAAAAAAAUUAGAUUUACCAUCCCUAAGACAAACAUAAGCUAAAUCCAUUCAACUUGGGUGUAUGAAUUGGCCCCAUGUAUGCAUGCAUGAAUGAAUGAAUGAAUGAAUGAAUGAAUGAAUUUUUGUAACAUAAAUGGUAGAGCACUGAUGUGGAACAUCUGGCCCUCUCAAUGUUGUUGACUGCAGUUCCCAUCAGCCCCAUCUGACAUACCCAGGGAAGAAAGAUGAUGGGAUUUGGAGGACAUCUUUCAAGUCCCUGCUGGAUGAAGUUAAAGUUGCCUGCAGUGCCCCAAGCAUAUACUAUGUGCAAUGAGAAUGUUCUUCUAGCCAAUGUUUCCUUCAGCUGAAGACACAUGGAGCAUACAAUAGUCAAAGAUGAGGAAGAUAAUCAAAAUCAGAUCUGAACCUGCCAAUAACAAUGGUAUUUCAGUUCUCCUGCUCUUGUUGCCUGUUAGCCAUCUAGGCUAACAGAGUGUCUCUGGGACACUGGAGACAGAAUAACCAAGAGAUGCAUGGCCCAAAGGAGAUGUCACAUUUAUACUGAUCCCAAUAAUGUGAUCAAAUUCAGGCAUCCAUAUCUAUUUCUCUAUUAGUACUUCUAAUCCAAUGACCACUCCCUAUGAAAAGCGGAAAGACCUGGAUAUGGAAUUUCAGGUCCUUAAUAUUUGCACUUUUAAAAUCUUAGAUAAUCACUUUAUUUAUAUAAGAAGUGCAUUGAUGAUGUAUUUUACCACUGAUCUAAGAUGUCCACACUAAACUUUGCUUAUGGUUUGAGCAAUUAUCAGAUUUUUGUGGAUUGAGGUCUCCUUUUCCCAAAGCUUUAAAGUCCCCGAAGAAAGAAGUGUUUAGAAUCUCUUACGAAAUAGUUCUUUGCUUGACGUGUGCAUUUCGAGUAUGUAAUACAUAUUAUGUUAGCUUGUGCCUUGAGUUCCUUACAGUUGUAUUUGUAUUAUAUGCAGAGAAUGCACUUUAUACAACUGUCCACAGAGGGUUUUUAACGCUGCCUUGAAUGUUGUCAUUUUUGUUGUUAUGCCAAAAGCUCAUCAAGUGAAAGGAGUUACAUGUUUCCCCUUGAAAUGUACCAGAGGAUGAAUAGGAUCACCGGAAUAUGUUUGGUAGGGAUUGUUGGGCAUAGGAUUAGCAGGGAAAUAAAUAACAUGAAAAAUGAGCUCAUUGGAACAUGAACCAUCUAGGACAGCAAAUACAAUCAACGCAGAAAUUUUAAAUUUAUUGGGAGAGGAGCAAACGACGGGUAUGAAAAUGUCAUAAGAAUGGCACACAUUCUGCUCAGAAUCACUCUCUACUGUUGUGGCUUUCUGCAGAAUCACAUGAAGACCAAAUUGCUGGCCUUCUUUUACUUGCAUAGCUUGUAAUAUUUUGUAUUUGUCAAUGCAUUUAAUAGCUAAUUUUCCUUUCUCCAUCCCUUCUUCUAUAAUUUUGCACAAAAGAGUAAUGACCCAAAGAGAAGAUCUCAAAAGGAUCGCCCUAACUUGCAAUUAAAUAAGAGCCUCUAAAUUGGGAUUUGGUGGCCGCGGUGGCGCAGCGGUUUAAACUGGUAAACUACAGAACUUGCUGACCGGAAGGUCAGUGGUUCAAAUCUGUGGGAUGGGGUGAGCUCUUAUUGUUAUCCCCAGCUUCUGCCAACCUAACAGUUCGAAAACAUGCAAGUAGACAUGUGAGUAGAUCAAUAGAUACUGUUCCGGCGAGAAGGUAACACCACUCCAUGCAGUCAUGCCAGCCACGUGACCUUGGAGUCAUUUAUGGACAACGCCGGCUCUUCAACUUAGAAAUUGAGAUGAGCACCACCUCCAAGAGUCAGACUCAAUUAGACUUAAUAUUAUAUUGGGAUGUAUUAAGAGAUUUUUGCGUGGUUAUGGUGACCAAGGAACCUCGUCCUCUAGCUGUGGGUGAAUGAGGCAGCGUCAUGGAACGCGAACAACUAUUCCAACUUCUGCAGAAUGUUUUCACAUUAGUUUUGUUAUUUUUUCCACCAGCUGAAAGAAAAGAUGGUUUUGUGUGUGCCAAGGAAAGGAAAGUGAUGACAAGAAAUGUUUGGUGCAGGGAGUUUUUAGAAAAAAGAGAAGCAAAACUGGGGUGGCUGGAGGGAAGUGAGAAUGCAGCUGGCAAUGCACUGUGAAAUAAGAACUUGGAGGAAAGGUAGCACUAUAAAGCAUAUGUUUGAGAAAACAGAGAUGGAGACAAGAGAUGGCAAAUAAUAGAUGUCACAGGGACAGAAAACAGAACAUUGGGAGAGCCAAAACCAGACAGCACGGUGCUCUCAUGCUUUUAAAGUGUAACACAGAAAGAAAGUAUAUCCAGUCUAUCUCUUUGACGUGAAAAAGAGCAUUGAAAGUGUCCUAUGGCAUUGGGGACAGAGGAAGAAUGUUACUUAAGUUCAAUCUGCAACAUAUCCAGUAGAGAGGACUACUGGGGUUUCUUUUGAAUUGCUUGGAGCUCAGCCCACAUUAUAGGUGAUGAAACCAAGAUCCACUGUGCCCUCCUAGGUCCAUCCAUGGCAAGAUGAACACUUGCCACUUUAUACACAUUAGCAAGGUAAGAAGGGAGCGAAGGAAAAGUGGGAUUUGGAACUACAAUGGCCAGUGGCAAGCAUAAUUCCACUCUUUCCCUGACUUACACCAUGCAAUGAUUUCCUGUGCAAUAGUUCGAUUGCACUUUUAUCCUGAUUUUGGGUGGUCAGGGUGGUCUAACAGGCGUGCUUUGAUGAUUCGAACAGUGGUGGCUCUCAGAAGGCAGCAUUCAGCCCUAUCCUUCGUAGAAUGGGUCAAAUGAGUUUGGAUGGUAUUGCAAACUAUGUGCCCCAGCCAGCCCUCUCCCCUUUUCUGAGAUCGAAAUAAAGUUCCGGGGAAACACAGUAUUAAAGUGCUAUAAAAUGGGAUAGUAGCGCUACAACAAUAUAACGCCAUGGUGUCUUAUAUGGGGGGGCAAUCUGUCUACGUAUACCAAACAAUGCAAAGGAAUUGAGAUAAUGUUUUGAAGGAAGCAGCAAGCCGACAGGCCAAAAUACUGUGUGAUAUGGCUUUAAUUUAAAUGGACAUUGCAAAUCUAUAAUGGUUCUGAGGCUGCAGUGGGAAACAAAGCCAUUGCAAUGGAAUAGCAUUUUGCAGAUAACACAACUAUAGCGGUAAAGAAGCUCAUAAGAUAAGGCUUCAAGUUGGAAGGCCCAUCCAGUCCAAACCCACUCCACCAUGCAGGAAUACACAAUUAAAGCAUUCCUGAAUGAUGCCCAUCCAACCAUUGUUUAAUGGCCACCAAAGACAGAGUGUCCAUCACCCUUCAAUGCAAUGCUGGGGCAAUUUUAAACAGAUCUUACAAUCGAGAAACCCUAAUGUUUAGGUGGGAUUUCUUGCAAUUUGAAUCCAUUGGUUCUCAUUUCUUGUAUCUUGAACAUCUGAGCUAUAGAGUAUGAGUAUUUCAGUAUAAAAUCGCACAUAUUAUCAAAUGUAUUAAGUAUUCAUGUUCAAUCAUCUGCACUCUUAUAAUUUCCCAUUCCAAUAUACAACAUGGUGUCUUAUACAGACCUUAAGUGAAAAUGAUAAAUACUCCGGAUCAAUGAAGUUUCAUUGGGGGUUUUUUCUUCGUCCUUGCCACUUUACACUAUCUGUGGAAGAGAAUGUGUUUGCCGUUUACAAUCUUUUCUUAGAUUUAGUGGUGAACUUUAGCCUCUAUAAACAUUACUAUAUCCAAGUGUGUCCUUGACAAUAUUUCAGACGUCUGAUGAAGUUCCAUGACAGACAAUGGAAACUUUCCUAAACACAAAGCAGAGCCGAGCGUACAGUGUUAUGUCAAUGACUAGUCGUUCUUUCCUUUUAAUUUUAAUUUCUCAUGAAAAGUAAUGAUGUUUACAGUGUAUACCAAGAUUUACCAAUCUUAUCUAACAACAACAUUUCUAAUCUUAACCGAAAAUUGUAGUAUAUUAAUGGCCUGAUCCUUGUUGCUAGGAAACAAUAGAUUCUGGUUUUGUAUUUCUGCUCCAAACAUGAGCUGGAGGCUGUACAGGUUUGUGUUCAACGGCUGCAGUGAGAUGGUUUGUUGCAUUUUGCUCUGGUUUUCAGCCCAGAAGCAUGUAUUUUCUACCAAAACCAUUACAACAAUCUGCUGUAAAUAGGAUACGUUAAUAUAUGAUGUGUUGACAUUUGGAAGACAAAGUACUUUGAAUAUUUCAUUUUUAAAAAAUAAAGUUGCAAAGAAUUAA